GAGCACGGUUUUUGUAGCCUUAAGUAUGUAAGUCUUGUUACCUUGACGGUACAGAAUGCAUCACUGAUUUUGACAAUCCGUUACUCCCGCACACUCCCUGGGGACUUGUAUAUUGCGACAACAGCUGUGGUUUUUGCAGAAAUUUUUAAAGUAUUGGCCUGUCUUGUAAUUAUACUGGUGGAAAAAGGCAAUGUUCGUGACUGGCUACAGUUUUUAUGUGCAUCAAUCAUUGGACAACCAUGGGACACUCUCAAACUGUCUGUUCCAGCAUUGAUUUACACCAUACAGAAUAACCUUCAGUAUGUUGCAAUUUCUAAUCUGGAUGCUGCUACAUUUCAGGUACAGUAAUUGUACUAAUAAGUUAGUAGGAUACAAUGACAAGAACAACUUUAUUUAUAACCAGAGAUCGUACAGACAUAUUUGCAUGCAGUAGGUUUAAAAGUACGCAGGUUACAGCCAGGGUUGCAGGUCACAAGUGCAGUUUAGAAGACAGGUCACCAUGGAUAGCCCUGCGGAAAAUUAACAACACAAGCCCUAAUAAAUGUCUGGGGCGUGUAUUAGAUAGGAGGCAUUUAAAAGUAUAUAUUCUCAUAACUGUAACAAGCUCAACAAAAAUAGUAAUAUGCUUUGGAAUAUUUCACUCAGUCAGUUGAUAUAUAUAUAUAUAUAUAUGUCUACAUGUAGGCUGUCUAGAAAUCCAUAUCCCUCUUUCAAAUCCCAUCCAUGAACUUGACAUUGAACAAGAUGAAAUAUGCAAACAGAAUUGUCACUAACAUUUCAAGUUUCCGGGUAAAUACAACAAGUACGUAUAGGCGGAGAAUCAAACAGCCAGAGGUUUCUUUUAGUUCUAUUUUUCUUCUCUUUUUCUUUGAAAGUAGCUGGGGGUCACAUCCAUAGUAGACGGGGAAAAUCUCCAGCCCCCGCCUCUUAAUGAUAGCCCUGUGCAAAGCCUUGUUAAUCAAGCAAAAUAAUAACCUAAUGAAUUGGAUGAUCUUGCUCCUUUUUGUUAAUUCCUAGUAUUUGGAGUAAUUCUCAUAGGGGGAGUCUAAUUCAAUUUUUACAGCAUAAAGGGGACAUCUAUUAGAUAAGGGGCAUUUAUUUGGGAGGGGCAAUCUACAUGUAUAAAGUCAUUUGUGGUAUCUCAGUUAUUUAUCAAUACAGCACUGACCUGCACUUGUGACCUGUUACCUGUGUUUUAUACCUGCCACACAGGAGCUUACAUUUAGCUGCACAUGUAUGUAUUCUCAGUAUUUUGACCUGAAAUGUCAUGAACAGUAUACAUGUAAAUGCCAGUUUGUUCCCAGUUGCAUCUGGAGGAUCAAAUUAUGAUUUGAUCCGUGCCAGAUUACCAUCCUUAAGGCCAAACACAGUGGAUUAUAGAGGGAUCACUUGGCUUGUGACAUCUUUUGGGUUAAAACCCUGUGUAUGUACAAGAGAGGGCUGUUGGUACACCAUGUACCUAGCAGCUUCAUUGCUUCAUUUUAGAAUGUCACCUUGGAACAGUGAUCAUAUAGUUACUUAAAUUAUCACUCAGAUUGUACAGAAAAUUUUCUAGAAAUCUGAACUUGGAAGGUCUGUGGUUUGAUUAUGCUGGCUAUGCCAAACACAGGUCACCAAAUUCAUUUGGCAACUGCAGCAGCAAUUUUAGUCAACAAAAGUUUUUUUUUGCUUGUUUGUUUUGUUUUUUAUUUGUUUUUGUUGUUGUUGUUGUUUUUUUUUUUUCUACUGAAACCUUUUUGUCAACAAGCAUACAGUUUACUUUUUUAUUGUCUACUCUGAUCUUUAUGCAUGACUCAGGUCCAGGCUCAGUGAUCAUUUGGGUUGCCAUGACAAUUAGAGAACCUUUAAAAACAGUUAAACAAAAUAAUUUAAAACAUUAAUAAUUAUAAAAUGAAAAAAUGUACAUGACUUCUUAAUAAUUUAAUAAUUGCCUCAUUCCUUUGGAAGGUGACAUACCAACUAAAGAUUCUCACAACGGCGCUGUUCUCCGUGUUCAUGCUCAACAAAACUCUCGUCAAGCUUCAAUGGCUAUCACUCUUCAUGUUGUUUGUGGGUGUCUCCAUUGUUCAACUGCAGCCAAAAGAUGGACCAUCCAAUCAUUCGGAAGAUCAGACUAAGUCAAUUCAGACUGCUGCUCCACCAGAAGUAUCACAGAGUCCAUUGCUGGGAUUAGUUGCUGUUAUUCUGUCCACUCUUUGUUCUGGAUUUGCAGGUGUGUUUUAGCAGGCUUUUUUGUUCUAGUGCUCUGGUUGAUCAAUUAUGUAUUAACUACACAAUCCAUAUUAUUAAAUUUGUCUGUGGGUUAAUUAAUGUUGGCAAAAUCUAAAAUGUAGUGCAUUCAUUCAAAGUGGUAUGCAUCAAUUUCUAUGCAGCUUCUUUUGUUUUAUGUCAUAUUUUGCAAAGGUGUUCAGUCUUAUUAAGUACUGAGAGAAAAUUUAAAAUUUUAGUUGUUCUAACAGAUUAUCCUCGUCAAGACUGAAAACUACUUAUCCAUUAAUGAAAAUUUUUUUUGAACAGAAAAAAAAACGUUACUGGGAGUAAUAAUAUACACCCACCAUGGAGUUUACAGAAGGCUGAAUUUAAUUCCCCUACUAUCUUUUACAGUGUAUUGUCUGGUGCUUUUAGCCCUUGGUUAUGUUAUAACAUAAAUGUCAAUUGGCUCAGUGAGUACAUUUAAGUUAUGGUUACAAUUGGGAAGAUUGCCAGGGGAAUAAGCUUGAGUCACACGUAGAUAUCACCUUUUAUUAUAUGGAGGAGAGUGUUUUACUGGGAACUAAACCACUCGUAGAUUCCAUACGCCACUUCAUCCGGGACCCGAGUGGCGUAUUUUCCGUAUGUCACCUUUGUGAGUGUCAUAUCGUUCAAGGACGUCACGAUUCCCGCCUUUUGCUUUUGUUGAAUUGGUUUCUCCAUAUAAUAAAAAGAACAUUACACGUUAGCUCGAAGAUAUGAUUUUUAUGUUCUCGUGGCAAGAACAAUAUCUCACUCGUUCGCUUCGCUCACUCGUGAGAUAUUGUUCUUGCCACUCGAACAUAAAAUUCAUAUCUUCUCGCCACCGUGUAAUAUCCUCUAUGUAUGACUCUUUAACAUCUUUUAUGCUUCACACCCUCCUGUGUGCUACCAAUAACUCUACAUCCUGAACCAUUUACUUGCUUUGCUAAUUUAUUCAGUGGGCCUGGGUAGAGGCUGAAGUGAGAGCUUCACUAGCAAAUAUGUAGUAUAACGUAUGUUCAUGCAAGACGUCUCGAAAUAGGUCUUCUAGAAAAUAUAACUUGUGAAUAAUAAUACAAUUCUGAGAUACAAUAAUUAUUGUAUUGCCCCCCCCCCUGCCCCCUCCAUCCCAACAUUUUACCCUAAGUGAAAGGAACUGCAAGAGUCUGCUUAAAAGGUGGACGGUUUAAUAGAUUCCCAUAGUGGCCCUACUUUUCUCAUCACACUCUCAGGGUUGUCAUUAAGAGCCGGGGGCCGGGGAUUUUCCCCGGCUACUAAGAGAGUAUCGGAAAAUAGAAGAAAAAUAGAACCAAAAGAAAUCCCUGGCCAUUUGAUUCCCCGCCUACUUGUUGUAUUUACCCGGCAACUUGAAAUCUUGGUGACAACCCUGCACUCUAUCCAGCUCUCAGUGACUUUGUUAUCCCUGAGUUCUGCAUCCAAAAAAAUCACCAAAGAUACAAAAUGAUGAGUGGUACACAUCCUGUAGAAAUAUGCAAAAAUCAAUUUAGUGACCAGAACAUCAUCUGGAAGAAUAUCCAGUUCACCUUUUCUGAUUCACUAAAAUCUCACACAUAAUUCAUCAUAACCAGCUAUUGUCAACCAAAUUUGGAAGAAUUUGCGAUAUUGAAUUGUUGACGUCAAUUGUGCAGCAAAAUUGGCAGUUAUUGAACCGUUAACUGAGAAGACCUGGGGACGAGUUUGAUUUGUUUUGGUAGUGAGUGCAAAAUGGCAGAACAUUUUACUCGUUUCACGGCAAACUAUUGUCUAAUAACAAGAACAGCAAGAAGACAACUCGACAGACGACAUCUGCUAAAUGUAUUUGGAGUAUUAGUUUGGAGACCUGAACAGCCCUUUAUCUCUUAAAGUUCCCACUAAACAUGCACUAUUAAGAUGAACUUGACAUUGAUGGAGGUAAGCAUGUUUUAGCUUGUUUUUAAACUAGGAAUUAUUUUGAAUGAUUAAUAGAACAAUUAUUGAAUUUAGCUUUCAUAUCAACUGAAGAAGUAUGGAGAUGUCAGACGGUGUUAUCCCGCAAGGCCGGACCUCCUCAUCUCCAUAAUUCUUCAGAUGAUACUCGGCCUCAUUCAAUAAUUGCUAAUUGUUAAAUUUGAGGAUGCCCCUCUCAUCUUGGAAAUGGAUGAGUGGUUCUCCCACUUUCUUCACGAUUUGAAUCUGCCACUGGUCGUGCAUUCAAACUGCAAAGGGAUUAUUGCUUUUAUACUACUACAUGAAAAAUUUCUGCAAUUUGAUUGGCUUAGAGCAGUGGUAUUUCAGCUUAAUUUGAAAUACCUACAUGUGAAAAUUACAAACCUUCUAAGGGUACUAGUAUAAACAAUUAAUAGCAUGAUUUCUACAUGAGAUUUGGCAUAAAUUUCACUCGCCUAACAGCUCUUGAAAUUACGUAUAACAAUUUUGAAAUAUUACUCGUGGUAUUUAUGCCAAAUAUCACUACAAAUCAUGCUAUUACCUAUACUAAUUACAUUAUAUUGUUAGAAAUGUAAAGCAAAUUGAGAAUUGAAGGUGCUCCCUAUUUUUGUUUCUCUUUCCUUUUCUGUGUUUCAUGUAAAAAUUAAUUUUCUAGCAGUACAUUUGUACAUCUCUAAUACUGAGUGUAUGAUGUUGUUUUACUUUGUCAAAGGUGUAUACUUUGAAAAGAUCCUGAAAGGCUCACAGAUGUCUGUAUGGCUGAGAAACAUUCAACUGGGCAUCUAUGGAACAUUAAUCGGCCUGAUUGGCAUGCAAAUCAAAGACGGUGACAAAAUUGCCGAGAAGGGAAUGCUAUUUGGAUACACCAAUGUUGUGUGGAUUGUCAUUUUCAUGCAGGCAUUUGGUGGUCUUCUGGUUGCAGUGGUAGUUAAGUAUGCUGACAACAUUCUUAAGGGCUUUGCAACAUCCUUCUCAAUUAUCGUAUCUUGUGUAAUUUCAGUGUAUCUGUUUCACUUCCAGCUGAGUGGUCAGUUUUUGUUGGGUGCUGGUUUAGUUAUUGCAGCCAUAUUUUUGUAUGGGCGACCACAAAAUCAAGUUAGUCAAGCUGUUAACAAACCUUCCUCCGGUGAAAAAGUCUAG